GUAGCAACAACGUAAUCAUCAAAUAAUAAAUUUAUCGAACUUUCAAAAUUUUUGUGUGUAAAAAUAUUUAGCUAAAAUGGGCCGAUUAUCAGAUCCCUGUUGUAGAAUGCCCAUUUACUAUCCAAAUAUUCCUCCCUGUCCCAGUAUUUACGUUCCGUUGUUGUACCCAGUUCCGUCUUGCUGUCCACCUUGUGAUCCGUGCAGUUGUGGUCCAUGUCCACCAUGUUCUCCUUGUCCUCCUUGUGGCUUUUGUCCAUCGUGCUGCUAGAAGAGAUAUGAAAAGUAAAUAAACGAAGAAUUUUAUUUGUGCUUGCAGAUUAUAUUAUAUUUAAUAUGUUUUCAUAUAGUAAUAAGAUUAAACAGAAAUAUUGAUUUUGACGAAGACUGUAUUAAAAAAUAUCUGUGGCAGUUGUGGAAGUAAAUCAAUUGAAAUAGAAACAAAUUUCUUGGAAAUAAUUAUAAUAAAAUAUCUACAAUUACAA